AUGGCCGCUAAUCCGGAUCAACUGCCAGGGACCCAGUCUUGCCCUCCGCCUGAAUUGCCUCAGCUCGUCGCAGAGCAACAUGUUCCGAUUCCCGCUCAUGAUAAGGACACUCAGCGUCUGAUCGUCGUCCUCUCCCAUGCCAGCUUGGAAACCUACCGCGCUUCUAGCGGCCGCAAUGGCUCGAGUCGCGACGAGAAGUAUUCGCUCCUCAACAGCGAUGAGCAUAUUGGUGUCAUGCGCAAGAUGAACCGGGAUAUCAGUGAGGCUCGUCCAGACAUCACACAUCAGUGUCUGCUUACCCUGCUCGACUCCCCUGUGAACAAGGCUGGCAAGCUCCAAAUCUUCAUCCAUACCGCCAAAGGGGUCUUGAUCGAAGUCAACCCCUCUGUCCGCAUUCCCCGUACCUUCAAGCGUUUUGCUGGCUUGAUGGUGCAGCUUCUGCACCGUCUGUCCAUCCGCUCCACCAACUCCCAGGAGAAGCUCCUUAAGGUCAUCAAAAACCCUAUCACCGACCACCUGCCGCCCAACUGCCGUAAAGUGACCCUGAGUUUCGAGGCUCCAGUCGUCCGGACCCGCGACUACAUCGAGUCCCUCGGCCCCAAGGAGAGUGUCUGUAUCUUCGUGGGUGCCAUGGCCAAGGGCCACGAUGACUUUGCCGAUUCCUUCAAGGACGACACGAUCAGUAUCAGCAAUUACAGUCUGAGUGCCAGUGUGGCCUGUAGCAAGUUCUGCCAUGCCGCGGAGGAGGUGUGGGACAUCGUCUGA